CGGGUUGCUAGCAGCAGAGCUGGGCGGCGGCGGGUGCUGCUGGAGUAGCCUAGGACGCUGAGUGCAGCCAUGGAGGGCCUGGAGGAAGCAAAUGGAAGUGUCCAGGUAGGAGAAUUGUUGCCUUGCAAGAUUUGUGGAAGAACAUUCUUUCCAGCGGCAUUGAAAAAACAUGGACCCAUUUGCCAGAAAACUGCCACUAAAAAACGCAAGACUUUUGACUCAAGCAGACAAAGAGCUGAAGGAACUGAUAUUCCAACAGUUAAACCUCUUAAACCUAGGCCUGAACCACCAAAGAAACCCUCUAACUGGAGAAGAAAACAUGAGGAAUUCAUUGCCACUAUAAGAGCUGCCAAAGGCCUUGAUCAAGUUCUGAAAGAGGGUGGCAAACUUCCUCCUCCCCCACCACCUACUUAUGAUCCAGAUUAUAUACAAUGUCCAUAUUGCCAGAGACGAUUUAAUGAAAAUGCAGCUGACAGGCAUAUUAAUUUCUGUAAAGAGCAGGCAGCACGUAUUAGUAAUAAAGGCAAAUUUUCUACUGAAAACAAAGGAAAAGCAACUUCUCGGAGCCAGUAUAAGCCGCCCGCACUUAAAAAGUCAAAUUCUCCUGGAACUUCACCAUCAGGAUCUUCACGAUUACCACAGCCGAGUAGCACUAGCAAAGCUGUUGUAGGUGUGACUUCAGGUAAAGUGUCUUCCGUUAGCAGUUCUAUGGGAAAUAAACUUCAGAGCUCAUCUCCUUCCCAUAAAGGGAUACCAGCCCCUCAUGCAGGCUCUAACAUCAAACCUCGAAAUUCCACACCACCUAGUUUGGCACGGAAUCCUGCCUCAGGAGUGCUUACAAGCAAAAGAAAAACAAAUACCGAGAGCUAUAUGUGCAGGCCUGAUGGAGACUAUGUAUCAUCACUUAAUGGUGGAAAUAUUAAAGGCAUUGAAGGAAAUUCUGGAAACUUGCCAAAAUUCUGCCAUGAGUGCGGAACUAAAUACCCUGUGGAAUGGGCAAAAUAUUGCUGUGAAUGUGGCAUUAGAAGAAUGAUCCUGUGAAAAGAAUUCCAAAAAAAAAAAAGGUGACCGAAAUUUAGAGUUCUAAGACUAUUACACAUUUUUGGACAGCUAGAACACUUUGUCUUGUUAAUUUUGUGCUCAAAUUAUUUAAAGUGAUUUUUCAGCAAUUUUUUGAAACAACCUCUCGCUAUAUAAUGCAUGUGUGUAUAUAUGUAUAUAUAGUGUAUAUAUAUUGUAUGUAAUAAACACCUCAAGUCCAUAAUGUCUCAUGGAAAGAAAUAGUCACUGUCUGAAAGAACUUAUUAAUAUGUGUAUUAUUUUUCUGUACUUGUGAAAGCACAUUAACUAUGCCUCCUGAAACUCUCAAACUCCUGUGCUCUGCCCUUCAAGCUUUCUUUUUAAAUAAUUGCAUAGAAUAAACUGAAUAAACAUUCUAUUAUUGGUAUCUGUUUAUAUACUAUCAUAGUAGGAUGGAAUACUUGGAAUUUUGAAAUGGGAGGAGCAUUUUGUUUGCAUCUAGUUCUGUUAGGCUAUUUUUCUGUAGAGCUCUUCCACAUUAAAUUUAUAAAUAUUUUCUAAAAAAGAUAAAAUAGCCCUAAGUUUUGUUUCCUUUCUUUGUAUUAUUAUAUACUAUAAAGAUCUUCACUCAUUCUUUGCAAAUGUAAUUAUGCAAAUUCCCUUUAAGAGAUAAAGGACUACAAAUAAAACAGUUUCUUAUUCUACUUACAA